UGUGUGCGAGCUUUACCGAGGGAAGAUGGUGGAAUCUGGAGCAGCAACGUGCACGAUACUCCUUCCCAAACAUUUCCAAAAACAUUUACCGUCACAACCUGGCAUUAGAUAUCGGUUACCUGGGGACAAUCAUAGAUAAUAGCUACUAAAAACUCGAAUCGUAAGCGUUUUAUUUUGAGGCGAGUUAACGUUAACGUUACACCUUACGUUUGUGGUGCUUAAAACGUGAGGCCAAGCUCCACAGACCUGUGUUUUGAUGCUCUGGGAAGGAUAUCUCGGCAAAUAUUGUUGAGGGAAAGAAUUCUGACUACAGAUUGUUGUUCUAUAAAAUUUGUAUCAUUUGAGCUUUGUUGUUUUGCUGGAGUUGAAAGUGUGUAGACUGUCAUCAUGCCACGGAGCAAAAAAGGGAAACGCGGCGGCACUGGUUCAAGUAAAGGUUCACUUCGACAGGAAGUGCUUCAGCUGCAGUUGUCAAAGACUGCCCUGUCACGUUCAGGGAAAAAUGGGGUGAGAGGCGAGUCUGGUGUGAGUGAUGAUGAUUUAGCAUCUGAUGUGCUCAGUCACUACAGCAGUGCGAGUGAAACCGCAUCAGUCCCGGAGGAGGGCACAGGUGAGGUGGUGGAUGAACAAACUGCUCAGGAGGAAACUGAAGACAAACUCAAGCAAUGCAUUGACAAUCUCAUGGACAAAAGUGCUAAGAACCGUAUGGCUGCAUUAGAAAGUCUGCGCUUGGCGUUUUCUUCCAGGGUCCUGUAUGACUUCUUAUUGGAGAGACGUUUCACCAUUAGCGACUGUCUGGAUAGGAGUUUAAGGAAAGGUGGAGGAGACGAGCAGGCCGCUGCUGCUACAGUCUUUGCACUUCUAUGCGUGCAACUCGGGGGAGGAGUUGAAGGUGAGGAGGGCUUUAAGGUUCUCCGCCCCAUCCUCAGCUCCAUCCUGAUAGACGGCUCUGCAAGCCUGUUAGCCCGACAGAGUUGUGCUCGAGCUCUCGGUAUGUGCUGCUAUGUGUCGGCCUCAGAUGAUGCAGAGGACCUUUUAAAAUCUAUUGGACAUUUGGAGAGCGUGUUUGCGGGUGCAUAUCCUCUGGGUGAUGGCUCGCUGCCUUCGGUUAAAGCUGGAACCCCUGCUCUCCACAGCGCCGCCCUGCAGUCCUGGACACUGCUCGCUACCCUCUGCCCUGCAUCACGCAUCAACAGUAUUCUUAACCAUCACCUGCCACGCCUACAUGAAUGUUUAGAGAGCAGCGACGUGAACUUCAGGAUUGCUGUAGGGGAGACCAUCGCUCUACUCUAUGAACUUGGACGUGACAUCGAUCAGGAGUUUGAGUAUGAGGACUGUGACGCGUUGUGUGACAGUCUGAAGAGUCUAGCGACUGAUGGAAAUAAGCAUCGUGCUAAGAAUGACCGGAGGAAACAGCGGUCCAUUUUCAGAGAGGUGCUAAACUACAUUGAGAAUGAUGAUUUCACGGAGGAAAAGAUUCAGUUUGGAAUUGAGGCAAUCUACAUCGAUGGCUGGAUGCGUCACAGGAUUUAUGAUGCCUUUAAGGAGGUGCUUGAGUCUGGAGUCAGACACCACCUACAGUUCAAUCCACUGCUGAGGGAUAUUUUUGGGCUUGGACCACCUCUCAUCCUGGAUGCUGCUGUCAAAUCUAGCAAGAUAUCCCGCACAGAGAGGCAUCUCUUUAAUUCAGCUGCAUUCAAAGCUCGGACUAAACUAAGGAACAAAGUAAGGGACAAACGUGCUGAUGUGAUGUGAGGAUUGCAUGAAUAUGAAGCAGCAGAGAGAGGAACACUACAUCCUCCAAACCCUUUCGGUUCACUUGAAGUUACAGAUGAACUGCCAAGCGAGAGACUCGACAACAAGAAUAUUUGGCUGACUGAGUGUGGGUGUGUAAGACUGGGCGUGUGCACGUGUGUAUGUGGUUUGUUUUAUUUUUAUUUAACAUCACAAUGUGUGAAAUCUAGGAAUUCUAAAUUUAAAGAAACAUGAAACAAUGAGUCUUUAUAACAACCUAUUGUAAGGCUGUUUUCAGCUUUUGUUAAAACCUGUUUUACCUCUUCGAUUAUGAAGUGUUUUGUGAAAAGAAAAAUACAGAUUUUUUAUCAUGAAAACAUAACUUUUUACAACUCUGCAGUGAAAUAUAGAGGAGUUCUUUAGUUUUCUAUAUGGAUUUUAUAAAUGAAACAAGAUGAUGCACCUAUGAUCUCAAGCAAACCAAUGCAAACACAUCAUGACUGUAGAGUGCCAGAGUUUUGUAAACAGUUCCGUUCAACUUCUCUCAUUGCCACUAAAUCUAACCAUCAUUUGCAUUGUUACACUGCUGCUAAAAUUGUGUGGUUGUAUUGGCUACCGUUCUGAACCAACUUGGAUCAUGUUUUGUACAUUUUUAAAAUCUUUCUAAAUAUCAUAGUCACAUUAUCAUGGAAAGUAUUGAAUGCAACAGGAUGUUUGCGAGAUAAACCAUAUAUAAAUGGUGUAAUUAAUUGUACUCGACUCGGAUUUGAAAGCUUUAUUAACAAAAGCAAAUGUCUUUGUUUGUAACAUUGUGGCUGAAUAAAACAAGUUACAA